AUGGUUGAAGGAUCGACUCCCAAAUCGAUUCUCAGCACUAGCGAAGUAUCUUUCCCCAGAGGGGGUAAGGGGGGCUUGUCCGCUCUUGAGGUAAAGGAAGUUUCCAACGAAGCUACAAGAGAUGUUUUAUUCGAAGUUGCAGCACAAGCCAAUAAGCGUGCUGCACCCACAAAGUCAGGUCAACCUAAAAAGAAGCAAAAGCUGUCAAAGACUUCUCAAUCCAAGAAACAAGAAGGGGUUGAUGACGAAGAAGAGGCUGUAACCAUUGAGCACUUUAACUUCAAAAAUUUGAUUCCUGGUACUUCAGUUCUUGGACAAGUUUCAUCUAUUGGAAAGUUAGAGUUGGCUUUGGCUAUAGGUGACAACUUGGUUGGUUAUAUUCCUAUUACUUCUAUUUCUCCCGAAAUUACACUGAGCAUUGAGAAGUACGAAGCUCAACAACAAGAAAAGGACGAAAACGAUGACGAUGACGAAGAGGCUCAAUAUGAAAACGACAACGACGAUGAAAAUCCAGACAAAAUCACUCAAGCAUCAUUACCAAGAUCAACUCUUCAAGUAGUUGAAGAAGAAGAAUUCCCUGAAUUAAGAUCCAUAUUCCAGGUAGGCCAAUGGUUGAGAGCUGCUGUGGUGAGGUCUGACAAUGAGAAGAAUCAAAAGAGAAUCCAAUUGUCCAUUGAACCUGAAGCUACAAAUAAAGGUUUAGAGGAUGAAGACUUGAUUCCUAACACUCUUCUUCAAGCUUCUAUCAAAUCCAUCGAAGACCAUGGUGCCAUUUUGAACACUGGUUGCUCUAACCUUACAGGGUUUGUAUCCAAUAAAGAGUUGAAAAAUGCCAAUAUUGAGCCUGAAAGCUUGAAAUCAGGUGGUGUUAUUUUGACAUCUAUUGUUUCCUCUCCAAAGAACAGAACAAUCACAUUAAGACCCGUCAACGGUGCCAAGAAGACCGCCGUAACUACCAUCUCUUCUGUGGAUAGUAUUCUCCCUGGUAUUUAUGUUGAUGCAUUGAUUUCAGAAGUCACCAAAGAUGGUAUUGUUGCUAAGGUCUUUGGAUUGGUUGAAGGUACCAUAAUUUUACCACAUUUGUCUGAAUAUGAGUUCCUGAAACUUAAACAUAAGUACACAGUUGGAAACAACAUCAAAACCCGUAUUCUUGGUGUUUUAUUGAAGGCAGGAACUAAGAAGUUGAUCUUAUCUCAAUUACCCCAUGUGAUCAACUUUGGUGGAGAUUCAUCAAAGGAAGCCCUUGAAGCCUUCCCCAUUAGUCACACAUUCAACGAAGGCGUCGAAAUCAAAGCUAUUGAUUCAAGCUACAUAUAUGUUUCCGUUGGAGGUGGACUUCAAGGUCAAGUGCAUUUAUCCAAGAUAGAUAAGUCAAAAACAAUUGAAGACUAUAAUGUUGGUUCCAAACCAAAGGCAAGAAUUUUGGGGUUCAACCCAAUAGAUAACUUGUUGGUAUUAACAUUUGAUCCAGAAAUUGUUAAUGCCAAAUAUUUAUCCAUUGAUGAAGUCCCUAUAGGUACAUUAGUUCCAGGAUGUGAAGUUGUGGAAGUUUUACCUGAAGGAAAGGGAAUUAAAGUCAAAGCAUUUGGCUUUGACGCCUUUGUUCCCUCAAAUAGCAUGUCUGAUAUUAAGUUGAUCUAUCCUGAAAGAAAGUUCAGAGUCGGAUCCAAGGUCAAAGCAAGAACAUUGAGAAUACACGGGAAACAACUUUUAGUCACAUUCAAAAGAUCUUUGGUCAAUGUUGAAGACGAUGUGAUUUUAUCACAAUUCGACAAGGCAACAAUCGGUAUGAAAACCCCAGCCACUGUUGAGAAGUUUGUUCAUGGUGGUGCUAUCGUGUCGUUCUUUGGUAAUGUUAGAGCAUUUUUGCCCAAGAAUGAAAUCUCUGAAACCUUUGUCAAUGAAGCUAGAGACCAUUUGAAGUUGAACCAAACCAUCACCGUGAGAAUAGUUAACAUCAACAAGGAAGACAAACGGUUGGUUGUUUCCUUGAGACAAUCCGAUGAAUUAUCCACCACCCAACAUCGUGCCAUAUCUUUGUUGGAAAAUGGUAAAACUGUUGUUGAUGCAUUUGUUGUUGAAAAGCAAAACGAAACCAUCAUCGUUGAAAUUGAAGGCAUGAGUUUACGCGGUGUUUUAUACAGUGGCCACUUAUCAGAUGGGAACUACGAACAAAACAGAGCGUUGUUUAAGAGAUUGCCAGUUGGUGAUAAAAUCCAAGUGGUUGCUUUAGAAAAGGAUUUGAAGGCCAGAACAGUUAUUGUUUCAGCAAAGAAGUCUUUAAUUGAAGCUGCUAAAAGCGACCAACUUCCUGCCUUGUUUAAAGACGUGGAAGUCAGCGACAGAAAACUCUACGGGUUUGUGAAAUCUGUUACCAACAUGGGAUUGUUUGUUUCCUUUGCUGGUAAGUUGACUGGAUUGGUGUUAGCUAAAUAUGCUACCGAUAAGCCCAAUGAUGACUUGAGUAAAAAAUUCCACAAGUACCAAUCAAUCUCGUGUCACGUGAUCAGAGUUGAUGAAGAGAACAAGAGAUUUUUAUUAUCUUUAAAGCAAAAUUCAAAUACCACAUCCCAAAGUGAAGCUCCACUUGAAAAUCCAAUUGAUUCGUCCAAGAAAUAUAUCAGUGACUAUGUUGUUGGUGGUAUCACCAAGGCAGAAAUCAAGUCAGUAAAGGGGACCCAAUUGAACGUACAAUUGGCUGAUAACUUGCAAGGAAGAGUAGACAUAACUGAGUGUUUCAAAUCAUACGAAGAAAUUAAGGACAAGAGACAACCUCUUUCACAAUUCCAUAAGAAUGAGGUCAUUGACGUGAAAGUUAUUGGUUACCACGAUGCUAAGACACACAAAUUCUUGCCCAUUACUCAUAAGAAAUCUAACAAGCACACCAUUUUAGAGUUAAGUCUUGGUACAACUAAGAACAAUAACGAGGGUCUCAAGUUAUCUGAUCUCAAGGCUGGUGAAGAAUGUUUAGCAUUUGUUAACAACAUCGCCAACUCCUUUGUGUGGGUAUCUCUUACUCCAACUAUAAAGGGAAGAAUCUCUCUUAUGGACUUAACUGACGACACAACUCUUUUCGAUGAUUUGGAAAACAAAUUACCAAUUGGUUCUAGUAUCAAGGCUACUAUCAAGGAUAUUGAUAUUGAACAUCAUACUGUCACCUUGAGUGCCAGAGAAAACACUGUUUCCAGUAUUUCUGAUUUGAAGGUUGGCAACAAAUACCCCUGUAAGAUCGUCAAGGUUAAGGAUUCCUUUGUGUUGGUCAGUUUGGGUAACGAGCUUUUGGCCUCUUCCUUUAUUACCGAUGCCUUAAACGAUUACAGUGAAAAGUUAGCUGAUGUUUUCAAGGUCAACUCCUUUGCUACUGCCACUGUUUUGGCCAUUGAUGAAGACGACAAGAAGAUAGCUGUUUCCUUGAGAACCGGCGAUGCUACUGAUAAAUGUAUUGACACCAUUGAUGACUUGACUAGAGGUCAAGUUGUCAGAGGCUUUGUCAAAAACACCGCCAACAACGGUUUAUUUGUUUCUCUUGGAAGAUCUGUUCACGCCUUGGUUAGAGUCAGUGAUUUAAGUGACGAAUACUUGAAGGACUGGAAGAAGUACUACAAGCAACAUCAAUUUGUGGUCGGUAAGAUUGCAAGCUGUAAGGAAGAAGGAAGAGUUUUGAUGACUUUGAAGAAAAGUGAAGUUAAGGGUGACUUGAAUGUUUUGAAGAAGUUUGAAGACUUGGUUGUUGGUGAUAUUUUCAAUGGUUCUGUCAAGAGAGUUACCGAUUUUGGUGUCUUUGUUAGAUUGGAUGACACUGUUAACGUUACCGGUUUAUGUCACCACUCUCAAAUUAGUGAUAACAAGAUCUCAGACAUUUCUGCAUUAUUUGGUGAAGGUGACAGGGUCAAGGUUAAGAUAAUGGCUAUUGACGAGAAGAACAAGCAAUUAUCUUUAGGUAUGAAGGCUUCAUUCUUCACCACUCAACAAAAUUCUGAAUCAGAGGAUGAAGAUGCUGAAAUGGCUGAAGAAGAAGAAGAAGAAGAAGAUGGAGAUGAUGAAGACGAAGAUGAAGUUAUGGCCGAUGCCUUUGAAAAUGCCUCAGAUGAAGAAGAUGACGAAGAAGAUGACGAAGAAGAUGACGAAGAAGAGGAAACGUCCCCUUCAAAGACAGGAUUAACCGGAUUAUCCACCAGUGGUUUCGACUGGACUGCAUCAAUUUUGGACCAAGCUGAAAAUGAUGAUUCUUCUUCCGAUGAAGAAGACUUUAUUCUGGAAACCAAAUCUAGAAAGAGGUCCAAAAAACUGUCAUAUGUUGAAGAUAAGACUGCUGAUUUGAAUACCAGAGCUCCACAAUCCGUUUCUGAUUUCGAACGUUUGUUAGUCGGUAACCCCAACUCUUCAAUUCUUUGGAUGAACUAUAUGUCAUUCCAAUUACAAUUGAGUGAAAUUGACAAGGCCCGUGAAAUAGGUGAGCGUGCAUUGAAGAUUAUAAAUUACCGUGAAGAACAAGAGAAGAUGAAUAUUUGGAUUGCCUUGUUAAACUUGGAAAACACAUUUGGUGAUGAUGAAUCAUUGGAGAGUACAUUCAAGAGAGCUUGUCAAUAUAUGGAUUCCAUGACUAUGCAUUUGAAGUUGGUUGCUAUCUACACCUUAAGUGAAAAGUAUGAUAAGGCUGAUGAUUUAUAUAAGACUAUGACGAAGAAGUUUGGUAAGACUCCUUCCAUCUGGGUUCUGUUUGGAUCUUAUUUGUUAGACCGCGAAAGAAGAGAUGAUUUACAUGAAACCUUGGCCAAGGCUUUACAAGUUUUGCCAAAGAGAGACCAUAUUGAAGUCGUGAGAAAGUAUGCUCAAUUAGAGUUUGCAAAGGGUGACGCCGAACAAGCCAGAUCCUUAUUUGAAGGUUUAGUUAGUGAUGCACCCAAGAAGAUCGAUUUGUGGAACGUUUAUAUUGAUCAGGAAAUCAAGCAUGGUGGUAACGUUAAGACCAAGGUUGAGCAUUUAUUCGAAAGAGUAUUCACUCAUAAGAUUAACCGUAAACAAGCCAAAUUUUUCUUCAACAAGUGGUUGGCUUAUGAAGAAGAACAUGGUGAUGAAGCUGGUGCUGCUCGUGUUAAGGCAAAGGCUGUCGAGUUUGUUCAAUCAACAAACGAAGAGUAA